CUGCCCAGGGCUGAAUCCAAUUCCUGCUGGCUAAUCAACCCUUAAUCAGAAGUUCCUGUGAACUUUGGAAGGGACCUCCUCAGCUCAGAUCCGAUCAUAACAUCUCUGAAAUAUUUCACAUCCUGUUUUUGGAUAUUGCUCAAGUACGUAGUAGUCCUCUUUGAGGACAGAAAAAGAGUUUAAGCUCGUCUACCGCACCUGACACAUCCGGUGAAAUGUUCUCGUUCUUAACUUGUCGCUUCUUCACUAUUUAAAGUAAGUUGGAUUAAUGGAAUAUAAUCUGGUGAAAUCUCAUGACACGCAUUUUGUCCUUCAGUGGUGCAUGACUCACCAAGCAUGUCUACUGCACUGACUCCCGUCAGUUAUUUCAGGAUAAGAAUUUAAAGUAAACUUUAGUUGGCAUGUAGGCCUGCCUAAUGGACUUUCUUGAGGACUAUUCUCCAGAUUUCUGCUCACGUUUUGUCUGUGUCGAUUUUCGCUGUCUUAGUACAUGUUGAUGAGCUACCAUAGUUGAAGUGAUAAAUGUAAAGUUUGUAUUGAAGAAAUCUUCCUUUUUCGAUGCUCAACUUGGAUCAUAACUGAGCGUUGGAUCUGCGGCAACGCUACUUCUAUUGCCCUUGGAUAAUACAACAACAAAAUCUGUAAUUUUUUUUGGGGGGGGAAAUCUACGAUUUUCCCAUUUGUGAGAUACGAAAGUAAAUACUUAAGAUGUGUUCGACGCGGAUCAGUGGCGUGAGCGUGCUACCGCCGGUCAGUAGCGGGGCAGCCACGGACGGCGAUCACGCCCUGACACGCUCGCCAUCAAACGCCGGAGCUACCAUCAUCAAGGAAGGAAUUUUAGAUAAAGAAUCUCAUGGCGUCAUCUACUCGUGGAGGUCGAGAUUUGGCGUCUUGACCCAGGAAACACUGACUAUCUUCAGAUCGGACCCGAGACGAAAAGGAAGAAAUGACGGAGAAGGGGUCGAGAGAAAAAGAAGGGUCUCGGCAUCCUCAGAAAGAGCAGAAAGAAAGAACGUCUUAUACCGCCUGCCUCUUGAAGAAAUCUCCUCAAUGUCCAACAUCGACAAGGGUCGUAGGCACAUCCACUUCACCAUCUGCACCAAGCAGGGCGUGUUUGACCUCCGGGUGAUUUUCGGUCAGAGGGACUGGCUGACUCAGAUUCAGCUGGCUGUAGCUGACCGACGGAGCAGGAAUGACUUCAUGAGGGAACUCAAAACGAGAACCUCGGUGGUCGCUAAUAAGUAUCGUAAACACAGUCAUCGGAGAUUGUCGUUCACGAAGGAAGAAGAUUAUGGGGAUGGUAUUGGCAUCACGAUUCGCAACGAGGCUGAGUCUAUUGUGAUUGCACGUAUAUUCGCAGAUGGUCCAGCAGCUAAAAAGGGAACACUUAGACCAGGUAACAGAUAUUAUAGAGGUGACGGGAAACUAGUGCGAGGUUUCAACGCAGAACGAGUAGCAGGCCUGAUCAAGGGACUACCUGAUCACGUGGUACUCACUGUCAAACCCACGUGGGUGGACAGGGGCACUAACACAUCUGCUGCUGAUUUCGCCUUGUCCAGACCACUGUGUUCGAGGCCCAACAAUCUCAGAGGGCGAGCCCGCCCUCAUUCGCUUGCAGAUGUCGCCGUGGCAACCGACCCGGAAGUGCCUGGCGCCACCAACGUUGUAAAUGACGUCUCGUCUACGUCACCGAUUGACAGGAAGAAGUUCAGCCGUCGGCCGCUCAAGAAUAAGAACAAAGAGACGACGGACAAUCGUCUGUCUUUACCAUGAUUAUCAGGAUAUCAUCAACA